UCUUGGACAGCAGCGCUUGAGGAGAGACAUUAAAACCUUAAAAUAACCUCCUAACAUCUCUUAAGGUUAUUAUUCAUCACGUCCAAACUGAGAGAAAGAUAAUCUCUGCCCGUCAUAGUCAUAUAUACCAAAAGUUCCUCAUCACGUCACAUAGCCAUACACCCCGUUCUGAUCACGAGAUCGAGACUUUCAUUUAUCCCAAAGGAAAUACACAUACAUACAUUACUCAUCAAACAUCAACACCAACAUCAGACCUAACCUAACCUAACUCCAGUCACGAGACCAACCCCCUCUUCUCAAACCAUGGCAACCCAACCAACCCCAGAAGAAUCCCACUCCGAUUCCCACCCAAAAGUCCCCUUACCCAAAUCCGCACCCGAAUCCACACCUAUAACCUCUCCGCCCCCCAUCCCCGAAAACUACGAAGAACAAAACGUGCACGCAGUCUACGAACAAAUCGCCUCCCACUUCUCCUCCACCCGCUACAAAGCCUGGCCCAUCGUAAAGACCUUCCUUCAAACCCUCCCCCCUGGAUCCAUCGGCCUCGACAUCGGCUGCGGCAAUGGAAAAUAUCUCCUCGUAAACCCGGACAUCUUCAUAAUCGGAUCAGACCGCUCUACAAACCUAGCCAAAAUAGCUAGCGCGCAUCAACCACACUCUGCCAUUGUAGCCGAUACACUAGCCUUACCACACCCAGAGGGAAAAUUUGAUUUCGCAAUCAGCAUAGCAGUAAUCCACCAUCUAUCCACCCCUGCUCGUCGUCGCGAAGCCGUAUCCUCUAUUCUCGCUACCCUAUCUCCUUCCUCGGGGAAAGCACUAAUCUAUGUCUGGGCGCUGGAGCAAUCAUCCUCCCGUCGCGGCUGGGACUCAACAAAUCCCCAAGAUGUCAUGGUACCCUGGGUAAUGCGCACGGGCAAAAAGAUAGCUGCCGAUGGAAGUGUUGCACAACCGGCUUCGGAAAAGACAUUUCAACGUUAUUACCAUUUGUAUCGGGCCGGCGAACUAGAGGAGGAUAUUACAGCCGUAGGCGGCGUAGUGGCUGAAAGUGGAUACGAGAAGGAUAAUUGGUGGGCUAUUUGUUCGAGGGGCGGUGCAAGCGGGUGAUUGUGAUGUUAACAUGUUAACAUUGUGGAUACGCAUUGUGAACACAGGAAAUGAGAAAGAACUCGGGAUGAUCCGGAGCCCUAGAUGGAUAUCAUGUAGGAUAGAUAUUUGAUGCAUGAUGGUGCAUGCAUGCAUACAUACAUACAUACAUACAUACAUGCGAAAUCUUCUACCCGAAAAGCAGGUAGCAGGUGACAGGACCCGAGUCGGAAGUAGGCGCCAGUGUAGUACGAAAUUGACCGGGAGGUCAAUCAAUACCCGCUUCUUCUAGGACGCCAGCCAGGGAUUAAAACUUCAGCCUAUACUAUUACAUUACUGUAUCACAUCAACCUGACUGCUACUACACUAUUAACCUCAGCUGAACUCGAAGGGAAUAUCAAGACACAGCUCAAGAAAUAUUUCCAUGUAAAGAUACCUAAAUACAGACACACAUACACAUACAUAUAGCAAUCAUAAAGGCAAAUUACAAAAAUAUAAAAGAUAC